AUGCACGCAUCCGCGUGCUUUGAGGACGAUGCGAGAGUACUCGGGACGCUCUUUGCAGACACUAGUGACCCGGUUUUUGUCUUAAAUUGCUGCAGGUUUUGUAGCGUCGACGCCUUGACGGAGGGGUUUGAAGUGAUUGUUCUUUUCUUCGUUGCCAUACUUUUUUCUGUCUGCCUGCCCUGUGCGUGCUGCUCACUUUGGCGUAAGCCGGCGCUUCGUGCUGUCUCUCGCUAUCUUAAGAUGUGCGAGAUGCUGCUGGAGGCCGAAGGACAAGACAUGUGCCUGAAACCGCAAGCUUGUCCUCGCGAUGAGGGGGCAAAUUCUGGAAAGGAUGCUACUCAACAUCUCUCCAUUCUGCCUGUUGGCUGUUCGCUAAACGGCAUUUUGAAUCAUGGCGUACGCCAUCUUGCGGUCAUCAUGGAUGGAAACCGUCGGUUUGGCGAACUCACUUCACUGAGUACCGUGUCUGUCGAUGCUGUGACAAAACUGUGCGAUUCUAUUCUUGAGGAAAAAAACCCACCGGAGUCAAGUGUUGAGAGGUGCUCGGCCCUCGUUUCACUUCUUCGCCACACCACGUUAGAUGGACAUCGCUGUGGCGGUGAGAAACUUAUUGAGUUCAUUGAUAACUGUCUGGAGUUCAACAUUCAGAUGCUUACAGUGUAUGCUUUUUCCACUGAGAACUGGGAGAGAUCAGCGCUUGAGGUGAAUGUACUGAUGGCGUUGUUUUACUUCUUUUUUGAGCGCGUACGGAGUUCUGCGAGGGAAAAGGGGAUUUUUAUUCGAUUUAUUUCCCCAGCCUUUGAAAGGAUUCCGAUUUCUCUGCGAAAACUCAUGCUACUGGUGGAGGAAGAGUCUCGUGGACACCGUCCCCGUCGUAUUGUUGUCAAUGUAUGCGUUAGCUAUAGUGGGCGGGAAGAAGUUCUUGAGGCCUGCAAUCGGCUGCUGCGGCGAGUGGACAAGUCCAUUCCAAUAUCAAAUGCGGAGUUCAUGAGCCAUAUGCUUCGCAGCAUCACUCAAGAGGGGCACGAGGCGGAAGAUGCUACAGUUCUAGCGGAUGGUGGCGGGGCGGAGCCGCAGGUUUUGCUGCGCACCAGUGGGGAGCAGCGGUUGAGCAAUUUCAUGCUGUAUGAGUGCGCCUACACGGAGUUCUUUUUUACAAAAAAGACUUGGCCAGAAAUUGGCAGAGAGGAUUUUAUUCGGCUUCUCUGCGACUUUAGCCAGCGUGGUAGACGCCACGGGAGGUGA